GGCCCUUGUGCAAUGUAAAAGAGUGAAUUGUCACUCUGAAGUGCAGAUUCGCACCUGAGCAUUUGACCUUAAUUUGAAAAAAAUUGAAACCUAGUGACUCUUGGAAUAUAUUGCGGAGUAUCUACAUCUGAUCCAUCAUGGCCGACCUCGAGAAGGACCUUUGCAUAUCGAACACCGUGCAGGAGCAAACGACCGCCUCUGAUGCUUCAAUAGACAGCAAUGACAGAAGGAAAACGGCCAGAAAAGACCUAGUGGUGGUGGCUGCACCACUUCGCAUUGAAGAGUCACCUCCGACUCUCGCUUCUCUGUGGAAGCGUCGGCAAAAGCCAGACCCCAACGCUGUUGCAACUCAGCCAUCCGUAUAUGAUGAUCCGGAACAAGCCAAGUACUUCCAGCCUCUGCCAACCUACGAGAACUUGCAUCGCUUUGAUCCCAAUGAGCGAUGGACUUGGGCUGAGGAACAUAACGUUCUCAAGAAAAUCGAAUGGCGCGUAGCAGCCUGGGCAGCCAUAGCGUUCUUCGCACUUGACCUGGAUCGAUCCAACAUCUCGCAAGCGAACACAGACAAUUUUCUGGAUGAUCUGGGGUUGACUACAAACGACUACAAUCUCGGCAACACAGUGUUCAAGACCGCCUUCCUCCUUGCCGAACUUCCAUCGCAGCUCAUCAGCAAGAAGAUUGGCCCGGAUCGAUGGAUCCCAGCGCAGAUGAUUCUCUGGUCGAUAGUCGCGGCAAGUCAGUUCUGGCUGCGCGGUCGAAAGUCUUUCCUCGCAACCCGUGCUCUACUUGCCCUACUCCAAGGUGGCUUCAUUCCGGAUGUGAUAUUGUACAUGUCGUACUUCUACAAAAGCACCGAACUUCCCUUCCGUCUCGCAAUCUUCUGGAUGGCCAAUCGCCUCACCGACGUCGUCGCACCACUCCUCGCCUAUGGUCUAUUGCGCCUGCGUGACUAUCACGGAUACGAAGGCUGGCGCUGGCUUUUCCUGAUCGAAGGGAUGCUCACCCUGGCCAUCGGCGUUUGGUCCAUCUUCAUGAUGGCGCCGUCUCCCACACAGACCAAGGCCUGGUGGCGGCCGAAAGGCUGGUUUUCGGAGCGCGAGGAGAAGAUCAUGGUGAAUCGGAUCCUGCGCGACGAUCCCAGCAAAGGCGACAUGCAUAACAGGCAGGCAAUUACGUUUAGUCUGUUGUGGAAGAGUCUUUGUGACUUCGAUUUGUGGCCAAUUUAUGCGCUGGGUAUUACGUUUGGGAUACCAGCUGGGCCGAGCGACCAGUAUCUCACCUUGACGCUGCGUCAGUUGGGGUUCGACACAUUCAAUUCCAAUUUGCUUAGUAUUCCGGCGCAGAUUGGCACCACGGUUAAUAUGCUCGUUUUCACCUACAUCUCUGAGAAGAUCAACCAGCGCUCGCUCAUGGGCAUUUUCGUCCAGAUCUGGUUCCUACCCUGCCUCGUGGCGAUGGCCGUCAUCCCGGAUAGUAGUUCGCGCUGGAGCCGCUACGCUCUGGUCACAGUUCUGCUAUCUUACCCUUCUCCUCACCCAAUGCAGGUCGGCUGGUGUAGUCGCAAUUCGAACACCGUGCGCACGCGAACAGUCAGUGCGGCGCUGUACAACAUGAGUGUGCAAGUCCAGGCCAUCAUUUACUCCAAUAUCUACCAAGAUGAUGAUAAACCCCUUUAUCGCCGCGGGAACAAGGUUCUGGUAGGGAUUUGUGUUUUGAAUAUCUUUAUUUAUGCGUUCAAUAAGAUGUACUAUAUUUGGCGCAAUAAGCAAAGGGACCGCAAAUGGAACGCGCUCACGGCAGAAGAGAAGGUGGAGUACCUGGAUACGACUACUCAGGAAGGAAGCAAGCGGUUGGACUUCAGAUUUGCGCAUUGAGAACAUGUGUCAGAUGUAAGUGGGUAUCGUAGACACGCAAAAUGGAACACUAUCUG